AUGAAAGUUACAAUUCUGUGUUUCGUUGUUCUAAUCGCUGCAGUGUAUGCAGAGAACUGCCAUAUGGCCAGUGACUGCACGAUGGAAACUUGCAGCUCUGGAGGCAUGGUUGAGUGUCAGCAUGGAGUUUGUACAUGUGGUACUGGUGGCGGUGGACCCGGAGGCUGCACAGCCCAAGCUGACUGUCAUGGUCAUUGUCCACAUGGUCAUGGUAUGCCACACUGCGUUGAUGGUAAAUGUGAAUGCCGACAUUAAAAUAUGAAUAAAACAUAGAAACAUA